CAUCAUCACCAUCCAGGUUUUAUUCUUUUUUCGUUUCGUUUCUUCUCUGGUGUGUUUCUUUUAAUCGACUUAAAUGGUUUAUUAAACUGCCUGCAUUAUUCAACGAUCACUAUUUAAUUACAUCUACAUCAACAGAAUAACUCGUUCGCAUUCAUCUAUACCAUAGCCAUUCGUCUGCCGCCUCCAACAUGGCUGCCGAAAAGAUGGCCACGCAAACACCCGCGAAGCCAUCGCCAAAGACGGCUCCCGCGUCUUCGACUACAAAACAAAGGUCCAUCAUGUCCUUCUUCCAGAAAUCAUCGCCUGGUGGCCCUGCUGCCUCGUCCCCGGCGGCGCCAAAGGUGGCUACCACUCCCACAUCCCACCUCAAAGAGACUACAAAGGCCAACUUCCUCCCCAAGGCUCGAUCAUCCGCAAAACUCGCCACACCAGUCGCUUCGAGCGAUGCUCCCGAACCGCCCAGCUCUCCUGGCGACAUGGAGACAACACCAAAGGCAGAUCAAAUGGCGAUUGACUCGCCGACCAUCGCUUCUGGCAAGAAUAAGGAAAACACAGGCAGCACUCCCCCGCGAAAGGGCCGUAAGUCCGUGAAUUACGCAGAAUCGUCGGACGAGGACGACGAGUUCAUAUUUGGAAACGGUGCACAACGACGCCGCAGCCGCGCAAGAGCAGCCAUUGCGGACGACGAUGACGAAGAAAACUUUGGUGGUGAUUCAGCAGCCGACGACGAUGAUGAUGAUAUGGCCGACUUUGUCGUGGACGAUGAAUCCGACGCUGACGCAGCACCAACAAAGAAGCGAAAGCGUCCUUCUAAGCCUGCAGCAUCCCGCAAGCGAUCCAACGUUUCUCCUCCUGCCAUGACCGAAGAAUAUAGCGACAUUCCCGAUGAUAUUAUGGAAGAAGACAUUCCUGAGUCCACUUCUACGGCCGCGCAGUGGAACUAUGAUCCCGAGUCGACAGACAAGCGACCCGUCACCAAGCCAGCUGAACGGACCAAAGACUCCAAAGCUAAAGUCAAGGCUCACACCGUGGAUCCAGACCAGCGUUAUCCUUGGUUAGCCAAUAUCCGUGAUAAGGAGAAGCGCGAACCUGGCCACCCGGACUACGACCCAAGAACCAUCUAUAUCCCCCCAGCAGCUUGGAAUAAAUUCUCACCAUUUGAGAAGCAAUAUUGGGAAAUUAAGCAAAACUUCUGGGAUACUAUUGUCUUUUUCAAAAAGGGAAAGUUUUAUGAGUUAUAUGAAAACGAUGCCACCAUUGGUCACCAAGAGUUUGAUUUCAAGCUGACCGAUAGAGUCAACAUGCGCAUGGCUGGUGUGCCAGAGAGCGUUCUGGAUCAAUGGGUGAACCAGUUCAUUGCCAAGCAGUACAAGGUUGCUCGCGUCGAUCAGAUGGAGACUAACCUUGGAAAAGAAAUGCGUGAGCGUGAGGAAAAGAGCGGCAAGAAGGCGGACAAGGUCAUCGUUCGCAAGCUUGCCUGUGUUUUAACAGCUGGAACUCUGGUUGACGGCAGCAUGUUGCAAGACGACAUGUCUGCCUUCUGUGUUGCCAUCAAAGAGUCACAAGUCGACGGCCACCCUGCCUUUGGCCUCGCUUUUACGGAUACCGCCACCGGCCGCUUCUUCCUGUCUGGCUUCGUCGACGAUGUUGACCUGACCAAGUUUGAGACCUUCGUGGCCCAGGUUGGUCCUCGUGAAAUGCUCUUGGAAAAGUCGCGCCUCUCCACCAAGGCUCUGCGCAUUCUCAAGACCAACACACGCCCAACAACCAUCUGGACAUAUCUCAAGUCCGGGGAAGAGUUUUGGGACUCAGAUGUCACUAUUCGCGAACUUACGGCAGCUAAGUACUUCCAGCAAGAAGGCGAAGACACCGAAACAUGGCCAAAGGUCCUCGAAGAGCACAGAGAUGACGAACUGGUCAUGUCUGCUUUUGGUGCACUAGUAUCCUACCUCCGCGUAUUGAAGCUCGAAGGCCCCCUUCUUUCACAAGGCAACUUUGAGCAAUACAACCCUAUUCAGAAGAAUGGUACUCUUAUCCUGGAUGGCCAAACCCUGGUGAAUCUGGAAAUUUUCUCCAACACUGUUACUGGAUCUGGAGAAGGGACACUAUUCAACUUGCUCAACAAGUGUGUCACGCCCUUUGGCAAACGUCUCUUCCGUCAAUGGGUCGCCCACCCUCUUGGCGAUAUCGACAGAAUUAACGAAAGGCUAGACGCUGUUGAUCUCCUCAACGCAGACCAGUCAGUACGCGAGCAAUUUGCCUCUCAGCUCGUCAGCAUGCCCGACUUGGAGCGACUCAUUUCUCGUAUCCACGCCUGCGCCUGCAAACCUGAUGACUUUGUUCGCGUAUUGGAAGGUUUUGAGCAGAUUCAAUACACCAUGACUUUGGUUGGUGCAUACAAGGGUGGCAACGGUCUCUUGGACCGCCUUAUUUCUACUAUGCCUGACCUUGAGGAGCCAUUGAGCUACUGGCGCACUGCAUUUGAUCGCAAGAAGGCCAAGGAGGAGAAGAUAUUCCUCCCAGAGAGAGGCAUCGACGAGGACUUUGACCGCAGUCUUGAUUACAUCCAAGAAAUUAAAGAUAGCCUGCAGGAGAUUCUCGUCGCCAAGCGCGUCGAGUUGAAAUCCAAGGCUCUCAAGUUUACUGAUGUCGGUAAAGAAGUCUACCAGCUGGAGGUUCCCAAGGCUGUCAAGGUUCCCAACUCAUGGCGCCAGAUGUCUGCCACCAAGGAUGUUAAGCGCUGGUAUUUCCCCGAGAUUACCAAGCUUGUCCGUGACCUCCAAGAAGCUGAAGAGACGCAUUCUCAGCUGCUUCGCGAAGUAUCGAACCGCUUCUGCAGAAAGUUUGAUGUGGAUUAUGAAGCUUGGGUUCGCGCCAUCAGCAUUGUUGCGCAACUGGAUUGCUUGGUCAGCUUAGCAAAGGCCUCCAUGUCGCUAGGUGAACCAAGUUGCCGACCUCAGUUUGUCGAUGAAAAGCGCAGUGUUGUCGAGUUUGAAGAGCUGCGCCACCCCUGCAUGACUACUACGGUGGAUGACUUUAUCCCUAAUGAUAUCAAGCUCGGUGGCAACCAAGCCAACAUUAGCUUGCUGACUGGUGCCAACGCUGCUGGUAAAUCUACUGUGCUUCGCAUGUCUUGCAUUGCCGUCAUCAUGGCCCAGAUUGGCUGCUAUGUUCCGGCCGUCUCUGCGCGCCUAACACCUGUGGACAGAAUUAUGUCGAGACUGGGAGCCAAUGACAACAUUUUUGCUGCACAGUCGACCUUUUUCGUUGAGCUGUCCGAGACCAAGAAGAUUCUUGCUGAAGCUACACCUCGCUCCUUGGUCAUUCUUGACGAGCUCGGCAGAGGUACUAGCUCCUAUGAUGGUGUUGCUGUUGCUCAAGCUGUGCUGCACCAUGUCGCUUCCCAUAUCGGCUGCAUUGGUUACUUUGCGACCCAUUACCACUCGCUAGCGACUGAGUUUGAAAACCACCCCGAGAUCCGUGCUCGCCGCAUGCAAAUCCACGUCGAUGACGAGAACCGCAAGGUCACUUUCCUGUACAAGCUGGAAGACGGUGUUGCUGAGGGUAGUUUCGGUAUGCACUGUGCUGCGAUGUGCGGCAUCUCGAACCGUGUUAUUGAGCGCGCCGAGGUAGCCGCCAAGGAAUGGGAACAUACGAGUCGUCUCAAGGAUAGUCUUGAUCAGGCCAAGACGGGUUGCUAUAUUCCUCUUGGCAUUCUAAGCGACGUGGGCUCCUUACUCGGAGACAAGGAGACAGUAGACGAACGUGGUCUCGAGGUUCUGCUCAAGGCAGUGGAAAGUUUGUAAGAGAUAUUCAGGGAGUCUUUUUUGGAAGGCGUAAUACUUUGGCGCAUGAAUUGGGUUCUCAUUCGUAUAUGUCUGCUCCAUCCACGAAUGGGCCCCAUUCGCGAAUGGAGCAGCCCAGCCACAAAUAAGCCCAUUCCCAGUUGGAGCAGCUAAUUCACGAAUAUCCACAUUGCGCCAUUCGCGAACGUAUAUGUAAAUAAAUCAAUCAACUAGCUAUGAAACUAUAUUUCCAACUGUAU